AUGGGUUGCAUGGUUUCAAAGCCCGCAGAGGCGGAUAGAGAUGCGCUCCAACGAAAUGCUCGUAUUGAUCGGGUCAUCAAAAGUGAUAAGAAGACAAUGGAUCGGACGAUCAAGAUCUUAUUACUCGGUGCUGGAGAAUCUGGAAAAUCGACCAUUAUCAAGCAAAUGCGCAUUAUUCAUAGUCGAGGUUUUCCUGAAGAAGAGCGACACCAAACAAGGGCUGUGAUCUACUCCAACAUUGUCAUUGCGUUCAAGGUGCUACUGGAUAUUAUGAAUGCGGAGAACAUAGAUUUUCAAAAUGAGAAGACAAGGGCUAUGGGCGACCUAUUAGACAAGACAGAACCGGAUGUCGGCUCAGAUGAUGCAUUCUCUGAUUUGAAGAUUCGUGAUGCCAUGAGGGCCAUGUGGCUCGAUACAGGUGUUCAAAAGGCCGUGGCGCGGGGGCACGAGUUUGCGCUACACGACAACCUGAGCUACUUUUAUGAGUCCUUAGACCGCAUCUUCAGCCCUGGGUGGCUUCCUGAUAACCAGGAUAUGCUACAAGCUCGACUUCGAACCACCGGUAUCACAGAAACUUUGUUUGAGCUUGGACAGAUGAACUUCCGAAUGAUGGAUGUGGGUGGUCAGCGAUCAGAGCGCAAGAAAUGGAUUCACUGCUUCGAGGGAGUGCAGUGUCUGUUAUUCAUGGUGGCCCUGUCAGGGUACGACCAAUGUUUAGUGGAGGAUCAGAAUGCGUGGUUCAAACGAAAGCCUAUCAUUCUUUUCCUCAACAAAAUCGAUCUCUUCAAAGCCAAACUCUCCAUUUCUGCCAUUUCAAAACACUUCCCGGAUUACAGCGGCUCCGAUACAGAUUUCGAGGCUGCUGCGCGAUACUUUGCCGAUCGAUUCCGUGGAAUUAAUCGAAUCCCAGACCGUGAGAUCUAUAUCCACCAAACUAAUGCCACCGAUACUACGCUAUUGAAGGCCACCAUGGACUCAGUACAGGAUAUGAUCAUUCAAAAGAACCUCCAUACCUUGAUACUAUAA